UUUUUUUAAUUUAUUUUUUUUUGACCUCUUUGUCGUCGAAGCCCAGUCUCUUUCCUGGUCAUGAGUCACGGGCAACAUGGUGCUUAUAGUGGUGCUCACAAUGACCUCUGACAAAAGGCCUUGAAUGUGUCUCUGCAGGUUUGAGGAAGAGCUGCAGAAGAAGAUGGACACAGAGAAUGACUUUGUGAUCAACAAGAAGGAAGUGGAUGAGGGCUACCUACAGAGAGUGGAACUGGAACUGGUGCUCGAGGAGCUGAUGAAUGAACUAGAGUUCCUGAAACAGGCUUACCAAGAGGAAAUCAGAGAGCUGGAAUCAAUGAUCGUCAAAGAGAAGAUCAUGCUGAAGGCCAGCAGCGUUCCUGAUCUGGACUUGGAUGAGAUAGUGGCAGCAGUGAAGAAACAGUACGAAGACAUGGCGGCCCGCAGUCGAGAGGAGGUGGAGCAGUGGAACCAGAAGAAGAUGGAUGUUAUGGCUCUGAAGGCUGGGAAGUUUGAGGAUGACCUACGCGAUAGCAAGAAGGAGAUGUCUGACCUCGUGAGGCAGAUCCAGCGGCUGAAACAUGAGCUGGAAGCCCAGAAGAAGAAGAAAGAGAACAUGGAGCUGGAGAUCAGCCAGACUGAGGAGAAGGCCCAGGGCGCUGUAGAUGACGCGCGGAACCACAUCGACCAGCUGCAGGAGGCGAUGCGCAAGGCCAAGCAGGUCAUGGCACGCCAGGUGCGCGAGUACCAGGAGCUCAUGAACCUCAAGCUGGCACUGGACAUCGAGAUCGCCACCUACAGGAAGCUCCUGGAAGGAGAGGAGAUGAGGAUGGAUGGACGUGAGCGUGACCAGAUGGAUUUCUAAAAACAAACCCAAACAUACCCCAACCCAUCCUUGCUCAUGUAGACGCCCAGAUCCCAGACAGCCUCCCUCUGGAAAAGGGCAACUCACAGCAGUCUCCGCCCGCCUACACGCCCAAACCCAAGAAAGGCCUGCUCAUCAAAAUCGAAGUGAAGGACGGCAUAGUGAUAUCCGAAAGCUCUCACUUUGCUGACUCAUAACCCACCCCUCCUGUGUCGAGGAGAAACCGCAUUAGAGGGUUGCUGCGUUUACAGUGUUUGUGUGUGUGGCUCUCCUGAAAUUAAUUAUCAUUAAUCAUUCUCCUCUGUUCAUUGAAAAUGUCCCAUGACCUGUUUUCUUUUAGUCAUGCCGCCGACCAUAUCUGUAAAGAUGUCUGUUUGAACUGUCUUUGUGCAAUCUGAACAAUACAUUUUAAACUGAUCUAAAACCUGAAGUCUAAUGUCACUGCUGGCUUUUGUCUGUUUCAUUCAUAAAUAUUCUUGAGAUAUACAAGUA